AUCUCGAUUACUCUUUUUUCUGUCGUUAUCAAUAUGCUCACGAAACUGAAGAUUCAUUCUUGUCUUUCCAUCCGGGAUUACUUCCUAAAAAGGAUGGAUUAAUAUGCGGCUGUAAAAAACCCGAAACUAAUUAUUAUGAGGAGUUUAUUGAAAAGUAUAAUGUUAACGAUUGUAUUCUAUUAAUACCACUUAAAGGAGACAUUUUGGAUUUGUACACAGUUUGCUGUAUUGAACGCUUCGAUUUAGAUAGAAAAUCUGUCUGGUUAAGGCGAUUUUACAGAUGGAGCGAAACAUCUGUAAAACGACCCAAGGCACCGAUAAAUGAAAUUUUAUAUUCUGAAUAUGUUUUCGAAUUUAAUGAAUUUCAGCAUGUAGUUUGUUUAUGCCAUGUUGAGUUUGUUAAAUAUGGCAAAAAAAUACCAGUUAAUCUUCAACAUCGUGGUGCUGGAAAUCAUUUUUACUUUUCAAGGAAAUAUGACCGGAUAACUAGAACAAUUCAUCCUAUUAAAUCAGAAUCACAGAAACUAUCAGAAAACUUUCCCAAAUAUUCCUUUAAAAUAGGCAACACAUAUAAGUUGAAGUGUCUUGAUCUAUUUUGUGGAGGUGGUUCAUUGGGCCGUGGAUUUGAGGAUGCAGGCUUCAUACACUGCCAAUGGGCUAUUGAUAAAUACGAGGCUGCCAUAAAAACUUACAGGCAUAAUCUUCAACAUGAUGACAUUGAUAUAUUGAAUCAGAGUGUCAAUAAUAUACUUUCUGAUGCAAUUUCGGGCGUUCCAUCAGCUCGAGUUCCAUCUAAAGGUGAUGUUGAAAUCAUACUCGCUGGCUCACCUUGUCAAGGAUAUUCUUACAUGAAUAGACAACGGCAUAAUCUCAAGGCACAAAGAAAUAAUUCUCUUGUUGCUUCCGUUAUUUCUUUUGUGGAUUACUACCAUCCGCGAUACCUAUUAUUGGAAAAUGUUCGGAAGAUUACGUCAUCGGAUGUAUUUUAUCGAUUAAUUGGAUGUCUUCUUGAGCUUGGGUAUCAAAUCCGGUUUGGUGUUGUAUCAGCCGACAGAAUGGGAUGUGCCCAAAAACGUUAUAGAAUGUUUUUAUGGGGAGCCGCUCAAGGAGAGGUCUUACCGACGAUGCCACCAGUUACUCAUAAGGGUCUAAAAGAUGACACAUUUGAAACUUAUUCAAGUUUUCCUAUGGUUUCAAUAAAGGAUCAUAUAAGUGAUCUUCCUCCAAUCGGUGAAGGAGAAAUCUGGUAUCCUUCAUUCCCGGACCACAAGACUUAUCAAAUGAGUGUGAAAACCAAAGAAAUUCUUCGAAGGAUACCAACAUUCCCACCAGCAAGAGACUAUUAUUACGCUCGGAAGCACAAAUUUAUAUCUGACUUACACGCUAUACCGAGUUAUGACGCUAAAUUGAUAAAGUUUCCUAAAGCAGCACAACGUUACAGAUAUUGUCAGCGGAUUGACCCAAGUGGUUUAUUUCCAACAAUAUGCACAGUAAUGCGCCCUAGCGGAUAUUAUCCAGAAGCUGUUCAUUAUAAGGAACCGCGAAUGGUCAGUGUUCGUGAGGCGGCGCGGGCGCAAGGUAAUUCUGUACCGCGUAAUGUUGCUUUUUCGCUUGGACUCCAACUUGGACGUGCACUUUGCGAUUCGCGUCAUGAAAACGCAGCGAGCACUUUUCAAUCUAAUUGA